AGGAGACCUUGGAGAGUUCUUAUGUUUGGUCCUCCUGGCACAGGAAAAACUCUUGGCCAAAGCUGUUGCUACAGAGUGUGGGACAACAUUUCUGAGUGUUACUUGUUCUUCGUUGUAUGCAAAAUGGUACGGUGAGAGUGAACGAUAGGUACGGUGCUUGUUUGACCUUGCCCGUGCUCGGGCUCCAAGUACAAUUUUCAUUGAUGAAAUUGAUUCUCUCUGCAAUGCCAGAGGGUAAGUAAUCUGUUACUUUCUAAAGUGAUUACAUAUAUACGUGACAACUGAGGAUAUUUUUCAUUUUCAUCCUGUUGUGUAAGGUUUGUUUUCAUCACUAUAUGUGCUAAAGCUUCUAGGCGUAGAUAUAUGUUACGGGUCUACACGUCCUAGUAACUAAACUUCAAUCAUCUAUUAGAACUUGAUUGGAGAUGAACCGUAUAUUAGUUUCAUGACGUUCUUGCCUUUUACAGAGUAAAUAAGUGAUGUGUCUCUACUAGUUCAAAGCUUUACAUAGGAGCUUCAGAGAGCAGAGAAGGUUAAAAAUUAAUUUGAAACCUUAGAAGAAUACCUAGUAGGAAGAAAAUUAGAGGCUGUAUGUUUUUAUCAAAACUGAAUCAUACUUUAGUUUCAUUUGAGCAGCUUAGUCUGCACUGAUGAACUGAUAAUGACAUCCAUACAUACUGGCAUGUAUAUGUUUUUCGACUUCCAAUUAACGCGUCUGAGCAGUGCAAUUGGAGGUCGCAGUGACUUUAAACUGAUAUAUGUUAAGAUCAUAUCUAUAGCAUGUUAGUAAUUAUCUUAUCAGGUCACAUAUUAAUGUUUCAUCAACUCUGAACCUUCUUCUUAGGGAUUCUGGAGCGCAUGACGCGUCCCAAAGAAUGAAGUCUGAACUUCUAGUUCAGAUCGAUGGGUUAAACAACUCCACUAAUAACACUGCAGGCAAAUCAGUGACAGUUUUGGCAGCAACAAAUUUCCCCUGGGAUCUUGAUGAGGCACAAAGGAGGCGGCUAGAAAAGAGGAUUUACAUCCCGCUUCUUGAUUUUAAGAGCCGAAAGGAGGUUAUAAGGAUAAACUUAAAAUCAAUCACGUUAGCUCCUGACCUGGAUAUUGACCAAUUGGCACAAAGAACAGAAGGUUAUAGUGGAGACGAUCUAACAAAUAUCUGUAGAGAUGGUUCUUUAAAUGGCAUGAGAUGUAGGAUAUCAGGGAAAAAUCCAGAUGAGAUUAAGAACAUGUCCGAGGCUGAGAUUUUGAAAAUUCCAGUUACGAUGGAUGACUUCGUAGAAGCUUUAAAGAAGAUACAACCCACAGUUUCUGCAGGGGACAUUGAACGACAUCAGAAAUGGUUUUCAGAAUUUGGAUCAACAUAGAAAAUCAGCUAACUAACGCUUAAAAAUUGCUAAUGUAGGUUAACUGGUUUUUUGUUUUUGGUCUGAUAUAUACAACUAUGUUUGACAAUGGUCAGAUGCCAGUAUAUAUGCCACAUAUCAUCUGUUCUGUUCUAUCUUU